UAUAGAGAACGUGAAAUAAAAGAACGAGAAAAGGAAAGAGAAAAGGAACGGGAAAAGGAACGGGAAAAGGAACGAGAAAAGGAACGGGAAAAGGAACGAGAGAAAGAGCGCGAAAGAGAACGAGAAAAAGAGCGUGAGAAGGAACGAGAGAAGGAAACCAUGCAUCACAAAGACAGAAUGGAGUUAGGACAGAUUGAUUGUGUGGAUUGCGCAGUGGCCACUCCCGGAGGUCACCUUCAAGGUGGUCAAGGUGGUCACCAUCAAGGUGGUCAAGACCGAACCCAGACUGGUCCAGACGUAACCCGAGACCGCCCUAUUCCUGGCGGGGACCAGAGCAGAGACGUAGAGGCGGGAUACGCUGGGAGGGGUCGGGACGGAGUUGAAAAAGGGCGUGGAGAGGGUAUGGAGAGGGGUAGGGAGGGGGUGGAGAGUGGAUAUAGUACCCAGAGUAGGGAGAAGGAUAGAAAAGAAGAUGUUGUAGUUCCAUAUAUGGAUUCAGAUAGUCAGGUGUGGCACCCACAGAUUCCUGUACAACCUUUGGAUCCUCCCUCCCUAGAUCCGCAGUACACUACUGUACACAAGAGUCCCAGCAGCAGAAGAAAGCCGCGUGUCCCAAUGGCGCGAAGUGUCCCGGGUACCCUAGACCGAAGGGACAAUAGGGACAUGUCCCUUGAUUCCUGUGACAUGGACACUAUGCCCCUAACCCCAGCAUCCUUUGGAGGUCUAGACCAUAAGGAAUUAGAGGACCGUCCUCUAACCUCAAUGACGACAAGAAUGUGCCGACCCACAAUGUAUGAUGAACCUCCAGAGAAAUCUAGUCUGUUUAUCACCUGCUCUGCCCUCUACGCGUUCUUGUUGAUCAUUAUCUGUAUCGCAUUCCUCACCAGCGAGGUGGUCACAGACAACAGCCCUCUGCACUACUACGAGGGUUUCUUCACAUUUUUAUACCUGUUUUCCAUAUUCUUCCUGUUCUACGUGUUCUGUUACCUUCUUCAUGAAUCCACCUGCUGCAGACCAGAUCCUGAACCUCUAGCAUACUACCAGACGGAUACUAUUGGAAAGAACAGCAUGGUUGGAAUGGAUUAUUGUGGAAUGAAUGAUGGAUAUCCUCACUGCAAGAUGCAGAAAUACAAAACUUCGGAGAAUGAACAAAGCCAUGGAAGUUUCUUCCUUAGAGUUGGGGGACUAGCAUUUGGUCUUGGAACAAUGGUUUAUAUUGGACUAGAGUUUGGGUCCUGGUUUGAGGUUCCUUGGAACUCUCCUUGCUACCAGGCUGUUCGUGGAAUAAAUCCUAUUCUUCAAAUCCUCUUCACAUUUUCUCAAAUGUACUUUGUCUUCAUGAAUGCCAGGUUGAAUAUUCAUCAGUUCAAAUGUUUGGCUCGGUUUGGACUGAUGCAUAUAGUUGCAACCAAUAUAUGUGUGUGGAUCAGAACUGUUUUCAAGGAGGGUAUCAAAGACAUCGCUGCCUAUCGAGUUGCAAAGGGCGAAGGAGUUUCAGAAGAUUUUAUGAUAAAAGAGGGGUAUUCUAUUCUCCGGCAGAGAUUUGGAAAUGAUUCCUUCUGGUUGCAUGGUCCAUACCAUUAUAUAAUGAAAGCAAUCUUUAAAGGAGAAGGAAUAUAUAGAGCGUUCUCAAUCUACCCACAAACCAUAGGGCCCCAAGGGAGAGAUUUUACCAGCACUACAAGAGCCCCACCCCCCUUCAAUCCAGGGUUUAACCCUGUAUACCAGGGCGGUGCUGGGUAUGAUCCUCUCUAUCCUGGACAGAGACCACCUACAGGGUUUAACAAUCUCCCGCAUUUUAAUCUAACAAGACCUGGACAUGGAGCUGGACAUCUAGACCUGCUUGGUGGUAAGGAUGUGCAUGGAAACCUGAUAGAAAAAUUCGACAAUUUUACUUGUGGUCGUAUUGACCUGAUGGGGGAUAUCGUGACCAAAGCGUCCCCCUACCUCUACCCCUUCGUCAUAGAGUUCAGUCUGAUCGGAGCCGCAGUUCUUCUAGUCAUGUGGGCUAGGGUGGGGAAAAACCCCAGGUACUGGGGGGAGGAUGACCUGGACCGUGUAUCUGUCACCUCCAGGAAGAUGAUCACCUACACCAGGGUGGACUGUGUCGGAGCCAGCAAGGGGUUGUUCUUCGGUCUCCUGGUCCUGGUAGCAUCCUUAAUCUGUCUUAUUCUCUUCUUUGUUCUAAUCGACCAUGGAGAAGUUGCAGUAUCACAACUGGCUGUCUUCCUAGCAGAUAUCAGUCAUGCUGCAAUUAUGAUUCUAUCUUUGCUCGCUAUACUUCUUGGAUUUUGCAGGAUAACUCAGCUUAAGUUUCAUGGAGAGCCCAAUUCUAUUCUGACCGAUAUUCUUCUAAAGAUUGGAUCGUGUGGAGUGUUCGCUUAUGCUUCCUUCAGCGUAAUCUCUGGUUGUCUUGGAGAUUACAGACGACUACCAAACCUUGUGGUUAUGGUCACAGGAAUUAUAUCUAUAGUUCAGGUUGUGAUUCAGCUGUUGUUCAUCCAAGAUGUCUCCCGCCGUAGAAUAUUCACAGCUGAUCAGGAUCGGUCCAAGCCAGGUAGACAGGUUGUAACCUUCCUUCUGAUCUGUAACCUCGCUAUAUGGGUCAUCUACACGUUCGAGGUUCAGAAGGUGGAAGAGUCGCCAGUCCAGAUUGAGUUUUUCGGUUACCAACCCUGGGUGAUAAUACAGAAGCUAUCCCUACCACUCUGUAUUUUCUUUAGGUUUCUGAGCACUGUUGCCCUGGCUGAGAUCUGGAAGAGUUCGUAUAAAACCAAAUUGAUUGAUUGAUUGAAGAAUAUUCAACCUAAUUGUCGGGAUUGGUAUUGUGUGUACUCUACUGUGGAAACCUGGUUUUUAUAUACAAACAUUGCUUCCAGUACUAAUGCUAACACCAACACCACCAUCACCAGAAAAUAUAAAAAUUCACAAA